UUACGCUCCCAAUAUCCCAUGUGACGCUCCUCAGUAGUUCCCAGGCGGUCACAUCCGAGAGCCGGAGACUAUGGAUCAGAAGGUCGGGUUGUUCGUUCUUCUGGCAGCGGCGGGCCCCCUCUGCCUCAGUCUGGCCCCCGUGUCUCGGGCCGAGGACUUGGUGGAGGACGGUCUAGGCGAUGACAUGGACGUGGAGGACGAGCUGGAUCUGGGUUUGGCCGGAGCUGAGGAGGAGGAGGAGGAGCUGGAGCUGGACGGAGACAUGCAGGAUGAAGCUCCAGCUGCACCUAAAACUCCACCCACACCGAAGGUGACCUACAAGGCUCCAGAGCCGAUGGGGGAACAUUUCUUCGCUGAGUCUUUUGACCGGGGGACACUUGACGGGUGGGUGAUGUCCAGCGCCAAGAAGGACGAUGCUGAUGAAGACAUCGCAAAGUAUGAUGGUAAAUGGGCGGUGGAGGAGAUGAAGGACAGUAAGCUGCCCGGUGAUCAAGGUCUGGUCCUGAAGUCUCGAGCCAAACAUCACGCCAUCUCCGCCCAGCUGCUGCGACCUUUCAUCUUCGACAACAAGCCGCUCAUCAUCCAGUACGAGGUGAACUUCCAGGCGGGUAUCGACUGCGGCGGCGCCUACGUCAAGCUGCUGACUCAGACUCCAGAACUCGACCUGGACCACUUUGUGGAUAAGACUCCGUACACCAUCAUGUUCGGACCCGACAAAUGUGGCGAGGAUUACAAACUGCACUUCAUCUUCAGACACAAAAACCCCAAAACUGGAGAGUACGAGGAGAAACACGCCAAGAAACCCGACGCUGACCUGAGGACGUACUACACCGACAAGAAGACUCACCUGUACACACUGGUGGUGAACCCCGACAACAGCUUCGAGGUGCUGGUGGAUCAGACGGUGGUGAACAGCGGCAGCCUGCUGACAGACGUGACCCCCCCUGUGAACCCCCCCGCUGAGAUCGAAGACCCAGACGACCAGAAACCAGAGGACUGGGACGAGAGGCCCAAGAUCCAGGACCCCACCGCCACCAAGCCCGAGGACUGGGACGAGGACGCUCCUGCUCAGAUUGCUGAUGAAGACGCAGUGAAACCAGACGGCUGGCUGGACGACGAGCCUGAGUACAUCGGAGACCCCGAUGCCGUCAAACCCGAAGACUGGGACGAGGACAUGGACGGAGAGUGGGAGGCGCCUCAGAUCCCUAACCCCGCCUGUGAGACCGCCCCCGGCUGCGGCGCCUGGAAACGACCAAUGAUCGACAACCCCAACUACAAGGGCAAGUGGAAGCCCCCCAUGAUUGAUAACCCCAACUACCAGGGCGUUUGGAAACCGAGGAAGAUCCCCAACCCGGCGUUCUUUGAGGACCUGCAGCCGUUCAAGAUGAGUCCGUUCAGCGCCGUGGGACUCGAGCUCUGGUCUAUGACCUCCGACAUCUUCUUCGACAACUUCUUCAUCACCAACGACCGCAACACCGCUGAGCGCUGGGCCACCGACGGCUGGGGGCUGAAGAAGGCUGCAGAGGGCGCCGCUGAGCCCGGUCUGGCAACUCAGAUGAUGAACGCUGCAGAGGAGCGCCCCUGGCUCUGGGUCGUCUACGUGCUCACCGUGGCUCUACCGGUCGUUCUCAUCAUCGUCUUCUGCUGCACCGGAAAGAAGAAGAGCACAGCGACGCCGGCCGCAGAGUACAAGAAGACGGACGAAGCUCAGCCCGACGUGAAGGAGGAGGAAGAGGAGGAGGAGGAGGGAGAGGAAGAGGAGAAGGCUGAAGAGGCAGAGAAGAGCAGGCCAGCUGCAGAAGAGAAGAGUGACGAAGAGGAAAAUCCUGCAGAGAAAGAGGAAGAGGAAGCAGAGGAGGAGGAGGAAGAGAAGGAGGCGACAGCUGAGGAGAAGUUGGAGGACGACGUUCUGCGAAGAUCUCCCAGGAACAGGAAGGUCAGAAAGGACUGAUAUCUCUGAAUCCACAGCCCUGACCUCAAAACCUCCUCCCAUCUCCCCCUGCCCUAAAAUAUCUCCCCCACUUCCUCCUACUCCUCUUCUUCUACUUCUCCUCUGCUCCGAGGCUACGAAGCCUAAAAAGGAACCGUGGAAGCAGCGAAGCCGACAGGAAAGUAAUCGAGACCUCCGAUGCGGACGCCUGCUCAUGAUGAUGAUUCCAGUGUGAACAGGACUGAGUUAGCGAGAUUUAAAGGAAUUUUUUUGUUCUGAAAGAGAUUAACUGAGAUUAACUACAACUUCCUGCAUCAUUCCUUAACAACACCUGAGCAAACCCACGGGACCGUCCCGUCCGCCGCACCGCCACCCGCUCACCGCCCAGCGCCAUCCUGAGCUACCCAGCCCCACCCUGCACAACAGCAUGCUAAUUAGCUCUGAGCUACCUGCUAGUAAGUCUUUUGACAGAUGGAAAUUUGGCUAUAAACACCUGCUAGUUAGCCCGCAAUCUGAGUUUUUCUGCUUUGGCUAACAAAAGUCUGCUAAUUAGCCACUUUGAGGGUGCUAAUUGAGCUAACAAUGGUCCGAAAUUAUCCAACCAAUGCCAAUUAAACCAACAUCCAACAGUUUUGCCAAUUAGCUCACCAACAGGCUGCUCUCAGCAACUUUGUAAUAAGUCUCCAGACAAAAUUUGCCAUCAACACACAGUCAUUAGCCCACAGUCUGAGGUAACCUAGCGUGAUCCUGCUUUCCUCUAUCAACAGACUGCAAAUUAGCCUAAAAAGUUAGCCACAAGCUUUUGGGGACCGUCCUUAUCUGCCAAAAGUCUUGUUAAAUAGCCAUUAGCUGAGUAUCAGGCUGCUUAUUUGGCUAACAGGACUCCAAAUUAUCCAACAAACAGUCGGAGAAUUCAUCAGGCAACACUUUUCGAAUUAGCUGGCUAUCAGUUAGCUAGUUAGGCUAACAUUAGCUCGAAGUAUUCAGCAGCCAGAGGUCUGCUAGUUGGCUCACUAUAAGGGGGCUAAUUGGGCUAAAAGUGGCCUGAAUUAUCCAAUAAUUAGAAUUUGCCAAUCAGAAAUUACGAGUUAGCUCAACAACAGUCUGCUCAGUAGCUCACUGUCAAGUUGCUAAUAUUUGUCCACAUUAACAAACAGUUGGAGAAUUCACCUACAGUCUGCUAAUUAGCUCAAUCUCAGGCUGCUGAUUGGGCUAACAUUGAUCCGAAUUAACCAACAAAUAUUAAAAUAAAUCGCCAACUAAAAGUCUUGCCAACUCGCUAAACAGGCUGAUAAUUACUCGACUUUUGAUAACUACUAGCUUGUAAGCAAAAUUUACCAGCUAACGGUUGAUUUACUAGCCUCUGUGGGAGAUUUAUUACCCCACAAAUUCAGAGAAUAAACCCAGAAAAAGUGUUGCUAAUUAGCCUCCCAGCCUGCUAAUUAGCUCAUGAGCAACUUGGUGGUAAUCUGGCUACUUGUACUACAAUUUUAAGUCGUCUGAGCUAAUUAGCAUCAACAACAGGCUGCUAACAAGCCUGCAGAUGCUGUAAUCUACUUACCAACAAUUAGCUAAUUAGCCUGCUAAGAAGCAAUUUCAUCUACUAACAGUUGGCGCCUAAAUUUUACAAAUUAGCUAGCUAGCAUCCUAAAGUGGUUAGCCACUAUGAUAAUAUUUAAAACUAAGCUGAUGUGUUUUUUUUUUUGUCAUGUCUCAUUUUCUUGUUAUUUGUGUUUUCUUUGAACGCUGUUAGCUCCACACAUGGCGCUCAUGUUUCCUCUGUAUUUCUGCUGUUUUAUCGUCCUGACGGCAGUGACGGGGGGAAAGGUCAGAGGUCAGAUAAGCUGGAGAGAAAUCGUUAAAUUUAACUGUAAGUGUCAGUUGCAGGUGUGCGAACUCGUCAGAUCGUAGCAGCAGAUAAGCUUCUGAUAACGACCACCUCUCGUAUUUUUGACGACACAUGGAAACUUCAUAAAUCCAGCUAUUGUCUUGGUGUUUUUGAAGCAGGACACUUUGGAGAUAUGAGGUUUCACCCUCUCAUAGUCCAUUAUUAAUGUACAUUUUUACUCCAUGUGCGUUCAACGGCUCCUCUUCAUUUUUCAUCCAAACAAACACGACAGCAGCUCGUUAAACUCUCCAAAUGAAGU